GCAGAAUAGUUUUUCCCUAAUGAUAAAUACUCCACCUAGAAUGAUUAUCCAGCAAGGUAAGAAUGUGAGUGACUGAGAGAGUGUCCUUUCCAAUUCCUCCAGCUUCCUCGAUCAUCUUCCAUCACCUCCAUAAUCACGGCCAAAACAAGGCCUGUAUCUUCUUUUCUUCCCCUUCAAAUAAACUGAACCCUAUUCAAAACCCUGAGCAGAGGAGAAAAGCAUCCGCAUUUUGCAUUAUUAACAAUACAAUCAUUAUAAUAUUCUUGCUUUAUUAUAUAAAUACAUCACAUUUUUGUAAAAUUUGCAGCUUCCUGAGUUUGUAAUUGGUUGCUGCUGUGCAUAAUGUAUUCAAGAGGCUCAAAGAGGGUCUCAAGUUGCAGAAGCUAAGAUAAAAAGAAAAAAGAAAAUCCAACGGUAUAUAUCCCCAAAUUGUAAUUAUUAUUCUUCGUUCAAGGAUGCUGCUUCCUACCACCUGCAUUCUCUUAAUAUGUUUUCUCUCCACCUCUCUGUCCUUCCUCGCCAACGCGACACUCAAUCGGACGCUCCCUCACCAACACCCCGAUCCUGAAGCUGUUGUCCAAGAAGUCCAAAGGCGCGUCAAUGCCUCUCUCUCGCAGAGACAAAUGCUCUCUCUCCAAGCAAAGGACCAAAUUUCCCCAUGCCUCACCGGAAAUCCCAUCGACGAUUGCUGGCGCUGCGACGCUGACUGGCAGAACAACCGCCAAAGGCUCGCCGACUGCGCCAUCGGGUUCGGUCACAAUGCCCUCGGUGGCAAAGGUGGUCAGUUCUACGUUGUAACUGACUCGUCCGACAGCGACCCGGCAAACCCGGUCCCGGGUACCCUCCGCCACGCCGUGAUCCAAGAAGAACCCCUCUGGAUUGUAUUCGCGGCGGACAUGGGCAUAAAACUGAAGCACGAGCUGAUCGUCAACAGCUACAAGACCAUCGACGGUCGAGGCGUGAUCGUCCACAUUGUGGGCAACGGGUGCAUCACACUGCAGUACGUGUCCAACGUCAUUAUCCACAACGUUCACAUCCACCACUGCAAGCCGUCGGGGAACGCCAACAUACGGUCGUCACCGACACACGCCGGAUGGAGGGGAAGAUCGGACGGCGACGGAAUCUCCAUCUUCAGUGCGCGACAGAUAUGGAUAGACCACUGCUCCUUGUCUUACUGCACGGACGGAUUAAUCGACGCCAUAAUGGGGUCCACGGGGAUCACCAUAUCCAACAGUUACUUCUCGCAUCACGACGAGGUGAUGCUGCUGGGUCACAACGAUCGUUACGCCUUGGACUCGGGCAUGCAGGUAACGAUAGCGUUCAAUCACUUCGGUGAGGCGCUUGUGCAGCGCAUGCCACGGUGCAGACGCGGGUAUAUACACGUGGUCAACAACGAUUUCACGCAGUGGGAGAUGUACGCCAUUGGCGGUAGCGCGAACCCGACCAUUAAUAGUCAGGGUAAUCGUUACACAGCACCGGGGGACCCAAACGCCAAGGAGGUGACAAAGCGGGUGGAGACGGACGAGAGUGAGUGGACGGACUGGAACUGGAGGACGGAGGGGGACAUAAUGGUAAAUGGAGCAUUCUUUGUGCCGUCGGGGGCGGGAGCAAGCGUCCAAUACGCCAAGGCCUCAAGUGUGGAGCCCAAGGCCGCUGGGCUAAUUGAUCAGCUCACCAUGAACGCCGGUGUCCUUGGUGGGCGCAGGGAGAGCAGCGAGACAGCGUCGACAUCAUAUCCAGGAUUCAGUAAUGGUAGCACCACAUACAGUGACAAUACUGGGUCCGGCGACGGUACUAGUGACUACUUUGGAAUGAUAUUCGGGAGCGCAGCAGCACCACCUCUCACGUUAUCUUCUACUACUUCAGUCCUUUCGUCCCUUUUAAUUUUUAUUUUAACUUUGCACAUGACUACCACCAAUCUCCAUCUCCUAUUAUUGUUGCCCUUAAUAUUAUAAUUUUAAAAGUUGAAG